GCAUUAUAUUGGGUAAUUACUUGCAAUUUGGGCCAGCUUUGAGGACAGUUGGGCUGCCUGCUUUCACUGUUAUUGGGCCGAGACCUCCUGGCCUUCUCUCUGUCUCUCUCUCUCUCGUCCCCCCACCCCCACCUUCAGAUCAGGAGCCCGGAUUCUCGUGACAGUUCUCUCGCAGAUCACAGAAGAAGGAGAGGAGCAAAUUUGUGAAUGUCAGGUUCCUCGACGAUGGUGGUCGGAUCGCCUAGCUCGUGGUCUCGGGCGCUGCUGCAGAUCUCUCCCUACACCUUCUCCGCCGUCGGAAUCGCCAUCUCCAUCGGCGUCUCCGUCUUAGGCGCCGCCUGGGGGAUUUACAUUACAGGAAGUAGUUUAAUCGGGGCCGCAAUCAAAGCGCCACGUAUUACCUCCAAGAAUCUCAUUAGUGUAAUCUUCUGUGAAGCGGUUGCCAUAUACGGAGUUAUUGUGGCAAUAAUCCUACAAACAAAGUUGGAGAAUGUUCCAACAUCAAGGAUAUAUGCACCUGAAUCUCUCAGAGCUGGAUAUGCAAUCUUUGCCUCUGGGAUUAUUGUUGGCUUUGCAAACCUUGUCUGCGGGCUGUGUGUGGGAAUAAUUGGAAGCAGCUGUGCAUUAUCUGAUGCCCAAAACUCCACACUUUUUGUGAAGAUUCUGGUGAUUGAAAUCUUUGGCAGUGCACUUGGUUUGUUUGGAGUGAUUGUGGGAAUCAUCAUGUCAGCUCAAGCAACAUGGCCUUCUAAAAUAUAGCAUAAUUUCGUAUUUGUAUGUGUUUUACAAUUCAAUUUAUCGAGGAGCACAAUAUUUUGAUGUACCUCCAUGUGAACUAUGUAUCUUUUUCUCUUUAUUAUCUGGUAGUUGCCAUGUAAGUUCUCGUGUGUAAAUUUUAUGUUGCCUCAUUUUAAACUUAGGUUCCGUCUGUUUCAAUGGAAAUUCAAAAUUCAAUAAAAGAGAUUUCCUGUAUUAGUUCA